GCCGCGCGGAACGGACGUUGGGCCCGAGAACGCGACACCUCGUGCUACCGCCGUGCUUAAAGAGGCUUGCUUUAUUGGCCUCGUCGCAUUUCGCGCUUAACAAAUUAUCGUCAUAUCGGGACCGAUUUUGUCGUUCGGUUGAAAAUCGGUAUUGACGUGCGUAAAAAACGUGAUCUUAAGCGCGAUACCAAGUGGGUUCUCUCCAAUCGGGAGGCUGCGGCCGCAGAUAUUGACGCGCAGAACGAGAGAAGAAACUGCUCGUCUCGGACAACACGCGUUCGGCUGUAUCUGCGAAAGUCGCGGAGAGAAGCGUAUAUAUAUAUUCGAAUCACGAGCAUCUCGCGGAAAAAAAAAAAAUAUCGUAGGGCGCGUACCGUAUUAUUCGGAGCAUUUCGAGGUCGGGCAGAAGCGCGUUAUUAAUUUUUAUUACCGCGAAAUAUAUCGACAAAUGUUAUCGUUAAAUUGACAGUACUUCGCUUUAUUUUCAAACAACGCGAUAAGACGCGCUAUCGCGUCAGCUUUUGUGAGAAUUAUUUAUGCGCGUUCUCCAGCUCGUUCUACUUCGCGAUUCCAAACGACAGACUAAUUCUCCGUCUGGUCGUUAACUCUCCGGCUUUGAAUUUAAUCGACGAUCGACGAUCUCAACACAGAAACAGAACAUAGAGCCAGCGCGAGAAUGGCAAUGACCGGUCUGGAACGUCGCGGAACGAAUUAGGCGCGUAAUCAACAGAAAACGAGAAGAGCUUGUGUGUGGGACCACGAAGAGAACUUUUCAAGGACAAAGUUGAGAGAAGUGUCCAUCGACACUUGACGACCAUGUAUGACGCGAGUCGGUCGCGCCGAGUUCACGACCGGUCGUGCUGAUCGUGCCGGUUAUCAGGCCGUAGACCUAAAGCGAAGAAUGUGCCAUAUCUCGCCGCGAAGAUAUCUCGGUGACAGUGAGUGUAGCGGAUAGCGCGAAAGAUAAAAGAAGAAAAGGAAAGGGUUAGGAGAAGAUCGAGAGAUAGAGAUAGCGAAACGGAGCGUUCCGCAGCAUCCGACUACGUUCGGCGAAGGAAUCUCGACGACGUUGGUAUGUUGCCGAGAAGCAGCCCGUGCGGCCACGGCAGGUCGACGACGCAGUGAGACAAUCGCUCGUGAAUGCAAACGUUCGUUCACCACAAAAGAGGGUAAAAUAUUCCGCGUGUGUGGAGAAGCGCGAAGUCGGUGGAAGUGAUACAGUUGAAACAAACCAGAGAUAAAAAAGCAGUGAUUUUUGGUGAUUGCUUCGGUGCUGGUGCUAAAUAAAUUAGGUGAUAAUAAAAGGUGCCGGUGAGAAAAAAGAUAAAGCGCGGUGGUCGUCAUCGUUUUUCCGUUUCGUUCUAGACAGAGAAGUUUCGUAGAGAAGAAAAAAUACCACGGAAGUGUGGGAGACUGAGUGUCGUGACGACACUCGCGACAUCAAGAAGACGCGAAAGAAUAACAAUCGAGUUUUGUACACGUCAUCGCGCCUGAGAGACGGCGCGUCCCGCGACUAGCGGCUUAGGAAUGGAAAGGUCGAGAUAAUAUCGCGAGACGGGAGGAGGAGGAGGUGGAGGAGGAGGAAGUGGAGAGGACGGCCGUGGCGUGUUGGAAGCCCCAGGAUGCGGCAUCUGCUACUACUGUUCCUCGUCCUGAGAGCGACCUUCGCCCCGGGCGAGCCCGAGCGCACCAAGUACCUGCAGAUCUCGGAGAACGCGCGGCCGGGCACCCGGGUGGGCUACAUCGAAGGCAUCAACGAGAACGAGACGCCGCCGUAUCUGAUAGUGCCGGUACCGGGCUCCGCGGUCGAUGUCGACUUGGCCGUCGAGUCCUCGGGUGAGAUAAGAACGAAGAACGUGCUGGAUCGCGAGACCAGGCCGACGUACGUCCUGGUUGAGCUCAAUUAUAAUUUCAAGGUCAUUAUCAAUGUGCUCGACGAGAACGACAACGCGCCCACUUUCCCGGUUAAGAGCGUCGAUGUGGAGUUUCCGGAGAACUCGCCACGCGACGCCAAACGCGCUUUGCCGCCGGCCAAAGACCCCGAUCUUGGUCAGUACACGACGCAACGCUACGAGAUUGUGUCCGGCAAUCACGGCGACGUGUUCCGACUUUUGCAGCAUCGCGGUCGCGACGGUGUCCUCUACCUGGAUCUGAACUCCGGUUCGCUCGACCGGGAAACGCGCUCCCACUAUCAUUUGGUGAUCGAGGCGCUGGAUGGAGGUUCGCCACCGCUUCGCUCGCGCUUACACGUGAACGUGACAGUGCAGGAUGUCAAUGACAAUCCGCCCAUCUUCAACCAGACUCGCUACGUCACAAGCGUGCCGGAAAACGCGACCGUCGGCACGCCGGUGCUCGCGGUCAACGCAACCGACGCCGACGCCGACGACAACGGUCGCAUCGAAUACUCCAUUAAUCGGCGACAGUCUGACCGCGAGGAGAUGUUUCGCAUCGACUCGGAGACCGGUAUGAUCUACGUCAACAAGGCUCUCGACUUCGAGUCGAAAGAGCGGCACGAAUUGGUGAUCGUUGCCCGGGAUCGCGGCGCUCAACCGCUCGAGGCGAGCGCCUUCCUGUCCGUAAGCGUGACCGACGUCAAUGACAAUCAUCCGACCAUCACCGUCAUCUUCCUGUCGAACGACGCGACUCCGAAGAUCAGCGAGAGCGCGCAACCUGGCGAAUUCGUCGCGCGGAUAUCGAUCAGCGAUCCCGACACGAGAACCGAACAUUUGGGCAAUGAUGUCAAAGUAACCGGCGGCGAGGGUCACUUCGACUUGACCACGCGUGACAAUAUUAUUUACCUGGUUGUUGUGGAAAAACCGCUGGACCGCGAAGAAACGCCGAUCUACGAUCUGUCGGUGGAGGCGACCGACAGAGGUACGCCUCCUUUGCGUGCCGUGCGCACCUUCCGACUGAUCGUCACUGACGUGAACGACAACGCGCCUCAGUUCGAACGCGAGAAGUACGAAGCGCAUCUCAUGGAGGCGUCGGAACCCGGGACGUCGGUGCUUCACGUGACCGCGACCGAUCUCGACGAGGGUGCCAACUCGGCUAUUCGUUACUCGCUGCAGAACACCACGUGGUUCACGAUAGACGAGACGACCGGACUCAUCAGUACGGUGACACACGUGGACUGCGAGGCCGAUCCGGCGCCGACCUUUGUUGUAGUCGCGACGGAUUCCGGACGUCCGCCUCUCAGCAGCAGCGCGACCGUGAGUGUGACAGUGCACGAUCUCAACGACAACGAGCCGAUCUUCGAGAAGCCGCUCUACAACGCCACCGUGUCGGAGGACAUGUCCGUCGGAAACUGUUUUCUCAAGGUGCAAGCCACCGAUCCUGAUUGCGGCGUAAACGCGAUGGUCAAUUAUACCCUGGCCGGCGGUCGACUGGAGAGCGAGCAACUCCUGGUGCGCAGUGAUACCGGGCAUAUUUGCGUCCGGUCGCCUCUGGACAGAGAAACGGCGCCUUAUCUGGAGCUGCCUGUCAUUGCCACCGACAGAGGUGGAUUGAGCACAAUAGCGAUCGUGCGUAUUCUGGUGACGGACGUGAACGACAAUCCGCCGAUUUUCGAGCCCCGCAAGUACAACGUGACUCUGCGAAGCGACAGCGUGGUUCACGGUCCGAUUCUGCGACUGGUGGCGACCGAUCUCGAUGCCGGUUUAUUCGGUCAGCUGACGUAUCGCAUCACCGCCGGCAACGAGGCCGGAAUGUUUCGCAUCGAUCGUAACACCGGCGAAUUGCACUUGGUAAGACCGAGCGUGCUCUCGCGCUCGCCGUUGUAUCAGCUCAACGUGACGGCAACGGACGCGGCCGGUCUGAAGAGCCUCGUCGACGCCGAGGUCAAGGUCACCGUUUCUUCCGCCGGACACAAGAUCGCCACCUGCGAAAAACCGCGUUACACCAUGACGGUCAAGGAAAGCAUCCUGGUGAACAGCGUCGUCGGCGGCGUGAAGAAAGACAACGCGGCAACGUCAUCCUCCUCGACAGGCGAACAGCCAAGCAGGUUUUAUCUUGCGAGAGAGGAAGCCGAUCUCUCGCUGGAUCCCAAUACGGGGAUGCUGAGGAUUCGACAGCCGCUCGAUCGGGAGUCACGUGACAAAUACGUUCUCAGCGUCGAGGCACGUAAUGGCGGCUCCGUUGGAUAUUGCCAGAUCGAAUUGAUCGUCGAGGACGUGAACGACAACACGCCGUCGUUUCGCACGACCAGCGUUCGCAUCUCGGUGCCGGAGUCGCAUCCCUUGCACGUGCCGCUUUACGUGGCGCACGCCACCGAUCCGGACACAACACCGGCUCCGGCGUUGAUGCGCUACAUCCUCGGUCAAAAUAGCAACGAUCUGUUCGGGAUAGACGGGCACAGCGGCGAGGUCUAUUUGACGAGGCGAUUGGAUUACGAGACCCAGCAGCGCCACGGGCUUCUGAUAAGGGCGCUGGACGGAGCUGGGCUCUCGGCUAACCUCAGCCUCAGCGUUGAGGUGCAGGAUGUGAAUGACAACCCCCCAGUGUUCGAGAGGAACGAGUAUCACGUGGAAGUUCCCGAAGGCGCCAGGCUCGAUUCUCAGAUUCUUCAGGUGACAGCUGUCGAUCUGGACACGGGAAACAACGCGAGACUGAGCUAUCGUCUCGUUGGCUCGGCCGCCUUUCGCAUCAAUCCCAAUACCGGUUGGAUCUAUCUGGUGCAGAAUUUGGACCGCGAGGUUCUUGAUCGCCACGUACUGACGAUUCUCGCGACCGACAACGGAUCUCCCGCGGCUACCGCGAGCACCUCCGUGCUGGUUACGGUUCUGGACGACAACGACAACGAUCCACGAUUCGGAAAGGACUUCUACGGCUUCGAACUGCUCGAGAAUCUUCCUUCCGGUACGCUGGUAGGUUCUGUGAACGCGACCGAUCCCGAUCUCGGCAACAACUCGCUCCUCAGAUACGCGAUAGUUCAGGCCAACAGCAGCUUCGCCGUGGAUCCCGACACAGGCGAGAUCACAACGCGCGAGCCGCUCGAUCGCGAAACGAAGAGCGUACACGAGCUGGUUCUGGAGGCGCGGGAUCGGGGAACACCGUCCAGGGCGACUCGGGUACCCAUGAAGGUCACGGUACUGGACGUAAACGACAACUCGCCCGAGAUCGUCGAUCCUCAGAGGGAUGUCGUCAGCAUUCGGGAGGAGCAACCGUCGGGAACGGAAGUCGCCAAGGUGCGAGCUCUGGACAUCGAUCUCGGUGAAAACGCUUCGGUGACUUACAGCAUCUUGAAAGAUCGAGAUUCGGACGGCUACAACGUCUUCACCAUCGACCCGAUCACAGGCAUGAUCAGGACCAAGGCCGUGCUCGAUCACGAGGAGCGCAACGUCUACCGGGUGUCCGUAAAGGCGACCGACGCCGGACAUCCGCCGCGGCACAGCGUCCGCGCGUUGCGAGUCGAGGUGCUGGCGCUCGCGGACAACCGGCCGACCUUCACAAGCAGCAGUCUUACCUUUAACGUGCGCGAGGACGCGAGUAUCGGUCACGCGGUGGGGUCAGUGUCGGGGGCGAGUCCAGCGGGUCGCGUGGCCUUCACCUUGGACUCGCUUACGCCGAUCAGCAAGUUUCCCGCUUUCGACGUCGAUCGCAGCUCGGGUCAGCUGGUGGUCGCCAAUUCUCUCGAUCGCGAGAGCGUGAGCGAAUAUCAUCUGGAGAUUCGCGCGUUGGACACAACUUCGAUCGGAAAUCCCCAGAGCAUCGCCGUCUCCGUGAAGAUCGUCAUCGAGGACGCAAAUGACAACGCGCCUAAAUGGCCGCAGGAUCCUAUAACCGUGCGCGUGUUCGAGAAGGCAGCGAUCGGUUCGACAAUUUACAAUCUGACCGCGAGCGAUCUGGACAGCGGAUUGAACGGCGAGCUCAGAUACGGUCUUGUGGCUGAGUUUCCGCCGAAAGAUUGCUUUGCCGUGGACUCUCUGACCGGCGCUUUGACGCUCGCCAAGCAACUGGACCGAGAGGAACGCGGGGAGUACACUUUGAUCCUAAAGGCGUCGGAUCGGGCGUCGCCGGGAGAGCAACUAGCUUCCACGGUCACCGCGAGAAUUAUCGUUCUCGAUCAGAACGACAACGAUCCCGUCUUCGUCUCGCCGGAAUCAACGGAAAUAUCGGUCGCGUCGAAUCUUCAAACCGGUGCCAGCCUCGUGAGAGUCGUUGCCGUGGACAAGGACUCGGGCGAUAACGGCCGGGUGUCCUACGUGAUAACCUCGGGCAACGAGGAGGCGCGGUUUUCCGUGGGCUACGACUCCGGCAUCGUGACUCUCAUGAAACCCGUCACAAAGCUCACAGAUCUCGAGAUUACGGCCAACGAUCACGGAUCGCCGCCCCGCAAAGCCGUGCUGAAACUUAGCCUGACACCGGCGACGGCACAGAUGAGCGGACCUCCUCGCUUACUAAAACCGAAUCCCGUUGUCAUGAUUUCCGAGAAUCUUAACGUCGGAGCUUCCGUGCUGGACGUCGCGGGACCGGCAGCGAAACAAAAAGAAGGCAACGUCACCUUCAGCAUCCCGAACGACACGGCUUCGAACAAGUUCGCCAUUUCGUCCGACGGUCAAGUCACUCUUCGAAGUCCGUUGGAUCGCGAGAAGGUCUCCCGUUACUCCGUUUCCAUCUUGGCGAGAUCCAACAAGCGAUUGGACAUCACCAAUCUGGAUGUGAUCGUGUUGGACGAGAACGACAACAGUCCGGAAUUUCGUCCGGGUUCUUGCUACACUCUCGCCGUGCCGGAAAAUCAAAAGAUUUCUGCGAUUCACACCGUAGCCGCGACCGAUACCGACGAAGGAAAGAACGGCGAGAUCGUCUACAGCAUCGCAAGUGGCAAUAUCGGCUCCAAGUUCAAUCUGAAUCCCACUUCCGGUGUGUUAUCGAUGUCGAAUCUGGAUCGCGAGACCGUGCCCAAGUACGUUCUGACGAUCUCGGCUAUGGACAGGGGAAAGCCGAGUCGGGAAUCGCACUGCAAUCUCACCGUGAUCGUUCUGGACAUCAACGACAACGCGCCGACGUUCGCGCAGAAUCAGUACACGGAGUUUCCCUCGCGUAACGGAGGUUUUCAGUACGGGUCGUCGAACUACCCGGCGAAUUAUCACUCCGCCAAGUACGCGACGACCAUUUUGGAGGACGUUCCGCCGGACUCGAGCGUGAUGUCCGUAAAGGCGGCGGAUCCGGAUCAGGGUGCAAACGGGAAGAUAACGUACGCCAUCGCCGAGGAGACAAGCUGGCUCUUCAGGGUCGACAACCUGACCGGCGUCGUAACUACCGCCGGUUCACUGGACCGCGAACGUCAGAACAGCUAUACCUUUCUGAUAGUCGCCACGGACAGUGGCAAGUACGACGCGAAGAGCACGUCAAUAUCCGUCGAGAUCACCAUCAGAGAUGUCAACGACAACGCGCCGGUUUUUCACCAAUAUCCCUUUCGGACGCACGUGUCGAUUGGCACGCAACCAGGCCAGAAUAUCCUUCGGGUGUCGGCGACGGACGCCGACGAGGGUGCCAACGGCGAGAUCGUGUAUUCGUUUCUGCACGAACAGGAGAAACCCAAGUUUCGGAUACACCCGAGCACCGGGGAAGUGACGGCGGCGCUAUCGCUCUCGCAGGACAACGGCAAGACGUAUCAUCUGCAGGUGUUAGCCACAGACAAGGGAAAUCCGCCCAAGAGCGCCGAAGGUUUGAUCGAGCUUCAGGUCGGCGAUCACGCGGAUCUAACGCCCGCGCUGAAGUUUCAGAACGACACGUACAACGUCGUCGUUCAGGAGAACUCGGUGUCUGGCACGGAGAUCGUUCAAAUCACAGCGGUGCGCACCGACGGCAGAAGACAGCACGUUUCUUAUUCAAUCGCGUCGGGAAACGACUUCGACACAUUCGCGAUCGACGAAAAUAGCGGCCUGCUGCGUGUCAACAAUCCCAUAAGACUGGACGCUGAGCUCUGGAACGACUUGACGGUUAGGCCUAGUGACGAGGUGCCGGACGAGGAGGGUCGUACCAAUUCGUGGGGUAGAUCUCUGGAGGGUCAACAGCCGAAGGAAGAGCCCAGAGAAAGCUCGAGACACAUCCUCAAUAUAGUGGCGAGAACAGCGGGACCGGAUGUUUUGGAAGCGUAUGUCAAAGUAAUCGUCAAGGUAUUCGACGUCAACGAUAAUCCGCCGAUCUUCACGCAAAUACAGUAUUCGGCUACUGUGCUCGAGGGAAACGCCAAGGGAGAUUUCGUCGUGAAGCUUUCAGCAAGUGAUGCUGAUCAAGGACUGAACAGCAGAAUUCUAUACCAUAUUGUGGAUGGAAAUCCGGACAACGCUUUUACAAUAAGCCCGCCGUACAGUGGUGUCGUUCGAACAAAUAUAGUUCUUGAUCGCGAAAUACGUGAAAAGUAUAGGCUGACCAUCAUUGCAACCGAUCAGGGAAAUCCGCAAUUAACCGGCACAGCGGCUUUGAGCGUGAGGGUGAUCGAUGUCAACGACAAUCAACCUACCUUUCCUGAACACAGCAUUAUUUCAAUUUCAGAAGGUACUAUUCCGGGCACCGUGCUGACUACCCUCACAGCGAACGACGUUGACAGCUCGCCGGAGCUGACAUAUCGAUUCAGCAACAUGACGAGUUCAGGACCCUUCAGCAUCGACAGGUACGGCGGCAAGAUCGUCCUGCGGGAGCGUCUGGACGCCGAGACGCGUUCCGAAUAUACUCUUCGGGUGAUUGCCAGCGAUGGAAUUCACGAGGCUACGACCGAUCUCACCGUACGUGUGACCGAUCUCAACGACAACGCGCCGCGAUUCGAGCAGGCUGCCUACGUGGCUGUUCUUUCAGAAGGUCGAGAAGCCCUGCAGGAGAUUUUGACGGUGAACGCUACGGACGAUGACCUCUUGGAGGAGAACAGCCGAAUACGAUAUUACUUGCUGCGACCCGUGAAGGGAUUUUCGAUACAUCCGACGACCGGGGUUCUGACUGUCAAUCGCACCGCGAUUCCCAGACCGAUACCGAAGGAAAUGAACUUGGCGAUCGUCGCGGAGGAUCACGGCAAACCUCCGGCGUCGUCAAUGUGCUCGGUCGUUGUGCGACUGAGCAGUCUGAAGAACGCUUCUCCCGGCCGUGAAUACAAACUCACGGUAAAGGAGAACUCACCGAAAGGCACGACGCUAAUGAGGCUCUCUGAUGUGGACUUGCUGGACGGAACCAUCGUUGCGGGUGACGAUAGCGGAAUGUUCGAAAUAUCGAGAAACAUGUUAAUCCUCUCCAGAGCUCUCGAUCGCGAGACCAAAGACAGUUACGUGUUGCGCUUGAGCAGCAAGAGCGAGAACGUGACAGAUUCGCUGGUGGGGGACGAGCCGGUGACAAUGACGAUCAUCGUGGAAGAUGUCAACGACAAUUCUCCGCGCUUUCUGCAGGACAUCUACGAAGUGUCGAUUCAGGAAAACGCUACGCAGGAAACCACCGUUACCGUUCUGCGAGCUAAGGAUGACGAUUUGCCCAACAGCGCGGCGGCUACGUUGUUGUACGACAUCACCUCAGGAAACGACCGCAAUCUAUUCCGCGUCGAUAAGACAACCGGAGCCAUUUUGGUGAACUCAACGCUCGAUUGCGAUCUCGAGCCGGAUAUCUACAAUCUCGUGGUGAUGGCGUGCGACAGCGACCCGGUUCUGCCUCUCUGCGCGCUCGCCAAACUUCGCAUUCAUCUCGAAGACGUGAACGACAACAGUCCGAAAUUCCCAGUUUCCGAAUAUCUCGAAUUUGUUGGCGAGAACGAGCCGAUCGGCACGACCGUCUUCACGGCACGUGCCACAGAUUUGGAUCGCGGCAUCUUCGCGGGUUCGUUGAACUACUCGAUUGCUUCAGCCGCCGCAAACGGAUUUUCCGACAUUGAUGACAGUUGGAAACUGUUCGAGGUUGACGCCAAGUCGGGCACCGUCACCACUCGCGCCAUGUUCGAUUACGAGCAACGAAAUCGAUACGCGUUCACGUUGCGCGCCACAGACACAGGCGGUCUUCGCACGGGGGUUAACGUUAGAGUGGAGAUCGAAUCGAGAGACGAGUUCUUCCCGCAAUUCACCGAGAGAACGUAUCGAUUUGGAAUAAGAAGCAGAAGUCAGAUGAUACCAGGCACGGUGAUUGGUCAUGUCACGGCAACCGAUCGCGAUAAAGGACCCGACGGCCGAGUUGUGUAUCAGCUGACGUCCCAGCAUCCUUAUUUCAAAUUGAAUCGAACAACCGGCGCAUUGAUUGUGAAACAAAAGUUGAUGCACAUUGACAUGGACGUGGAAAGACCUACCAGAUUAAUAGUCAGCGCGAGUUCCGGUAGGCAGGGCUCUUUGUCUAACAAGACGGUAGUGGAGAUCACUCUGAUGGACGACGACGAGCUGAACGGAGCUACCGCUCUGGCGACACCGACGGACGUUGGCUCGAAUAUGGCUGUGGCUCCUACCGGAGGUUUAGCUGAUUGGGUUGUGGGUCUGCUAAUCGCUCUUUUUCUUCUGAUUCUUGCGUUUGGUGCUCUCUUCCUUUAUCUCCACAUUCGUAAUCGCCGUCACAAAAAGCCCGGCACGAAACCGGGAUUGAACGGAGAGAGCAACGCUACCGCGUCCAACAGCUACGUAGAUCCGAGCGCGUUUGAUACAAUUCCGAUCAGAAGUGUGGCCGGAGUAAGCGCGAGCGGAAACGGUAGUUCCGGAAGCGCUGGAGGCGGGGGCGGCGGCGCGUCUUGCCAAUUCGCACCUCCGAAGUACGACGAGAUACCUCCCUACGGAACGUCCGGUCAAUCCGGGCAACAACAGGCUACCUCCGAGCUAUCCGGAAGCGAUCAGUCCGGUUCUUCCGGCAGAGGCUCCGCUGAGGAUGACGGGGAAGAUGAGGAGAUCAGAAUGAUCAACGAGGGCCAACAGACCGGCGAUUCCGCGAGUGACCUUUCAGUUCAUAAUACUCAGGAAUACUUAGCUAGAUUAGGCAUCGUGGAUCCUCCAGCUGGAACGCCUAGAAGACCUCCCGAGGCUCUUCCUCUGGAUAGUUUGCACCUGUUCGAAGACGAGGCUAGUACUGAAGCGGACAUAGCGACGUUAAUCUACGGCAAGAUCGGAGAAUCCGGACGACCCACUUCCGGCCUAGAAAUGCCAGGCGGACCGUCGAUGAACGGUUCCCUGAGUUCCAUCGUGCACAGCGAAGAAGAGCUUACCGGUUCGUACAAUUGGGACUAUCUGUUGGAUUGGGGACCUCAGUAUCAACCGCUAGCGCACGUGUUCAGUGAGAUCGCCAGGCUGAAGGACGACGCUGCUAGCGUUCAGAGCGGAAAUUCCGGUAGCAGCGGCAAGACCAAGUCUGUACAUAAAGCGCCGCCGCCGCCGUUGCUCACUUCCGUCGCUCCGAGGUCGUUGGCUGCGCCAGCAUUAGCAAGGGGAAUUUUGCCGAGGUCGCCGAUCAGCCAUGACGCCUCCACUUUUCCCUCUGCCGCACUGAGUCCCAGUUUCUCACCUUCGUUAUCACCUCUGGCCACGAGAAGCCCCAGCAUCAGUCCUCUCGUUCCACCCACCACUCAAAGAUCCAAUCAAAGUGCCAAUCGAGGAAUUCCCGUCACCGACGCUGAGCUCAGGAUUUGAAUAUCACACUCCGAUUGAGUAAAAUCCGGCGUAUUUCGUGUACAAGUUUUUUUUUUAAGUGUUAAUUCAGUAAAAUGACUCGCCGGAAGAGCGAUAUCGGUGAGACAAUGCAAAAUGCCUCGUGUAAAGCAAAUUAAAUGAUAUUUCUGUUUAUAAACGCGUUGUUGUUGUAACACACGAGUGAUGUUAGCAGCUCUCUCAGACUGUGUGAGUGACGCGAUUCGAGAACAUGCGAUAAUUAACAAAUGAUUUUAAUUUAGAAAUUUUAAUUUGACCGACUGUUAGAAGAAACGAAUCAAUUUCUUUUGUCGUGUGCCGUCGCUACCUUCCCGCGCUUAAUUGUUAUUUGUGAUUAACUGACAAAGGGGAAUUUACAGAGACAAGUUUAAUCUUGUCACGAGGAGAAUGAAAAGAGUGAAAUAUUAUACACUUAAGUGUGAGACAAAGAGCGCGGGAAAGCGGCGAUUGCACGUCGACAAAUCUCUGUUUUGCAAUACGGAUGGCGUUCCUCGUGCGCAUCACGAUCGAUCGCUGACGGGAAGUGUUUCUUCCCGAGCGGAAAUGUAUUGUAAAUAUUCGCGACAGCGCCUUAGUCAUUAAGUAGCAUUGUAAAUAACAAUUCACGAGAAUAACGAUGUUGUCAUAAUCAAAAAGAUAGACUGUCCUUAUAUAAAUUUCGGAUGAUCGCGCCGUGUUCAUCGAGCCGCGUGUGAAUUGUGUACAGUACGAUAAUUAAUUUUAUAAAUGUCAAAUAUACAAUAUAUAUAUAUAUAUAUAUACUACGACGAACAUGGCGAUAUCAUUCGAGAAAUAAAACGCGCCACCACGAGCGAACUGAUCACACCGGAUUUCGUGGUGGUUGCAAUUUAAAAAAGAAAAAAAGAAAACGCUCCUUCGUUGAUUAAUUGUUACUGCGUCCUUGACUCCUUUCCCGAGUGCGAUCUCGAUGUAACGGGGAAGGAGAAGCCGAAAUCUCAGCCAGAUUUACAUAUACGCGCAACUGAAAAAAAAAUUAUAUAUAUAAAUAUGUCAUAUUUUGUAUAAAAAUCGCUCUCUGUACAAAGACUUUCCAGCCGAGGCCUUCGGUGACGUGGGCCUUAAAUAAAUGAAUUUUUUAGGA